AGCGCCAUCAUGCAGCACCCAUUACUGACGCAGCUGGCGGAUGGCAGCCUAGAUGAACAGACCUUCAAGUUCUACAUUGUGCAGGGAGCUCUGUACCUCAGGGAGUAUGCGCGCGCGCUGGCGCUGGUGGCCAGCAAGGCGCCGAGACCAGAGUGGGUGGCGUUCUUUGGCCGCUGUGCAAACGAGGCCUACCAGGAGGAGAGCAGCUUUCACAAGGCAAGCUCACCUGCCGGCUGGGAGAGGAGCUGCCCGGCUGCUGCAACCACAUGCUGCGUGGCCAGCGCGGUGCUGGCGCCCUACUCUCUCCUCUACACCUCUUUUGUGCUGUCCACGGUCCAUGAGAAGGCAUUCUAUGAGGCCCUGGCGGCCGUGCUGCCCUGCUUCGUCGUCUACCUGGAAGUGGGCAAGGCGCUGCUGCGGCAGGGCUCACCGCACCCUCUCGUCCAGCGGUUCAUUGACCGGUUUGGUGGGCCAGAGUAUGAGGAGUUGACUCUCGAGGUGGUGCGCAUGGCAAAU